AUGAUGCCUCGCUGCCAAGACAAAUGCGGGAAUGUUAGUAUCCCAUACCCAUUUGGCCUAGUUGGAGAUGCGCCAUCUUGUUACAGAGAUGAAUUUAAGUUAUUUUGCAACACCGCCGUUGAUCCUCCUCAACUGUUGUUGUAUGAUCGUGAUUAUUGGACGGUUCGCGAUCAGAUCGUUUUGAACAUAUCACUACAAGGACAACUAACGUUCUCCAUGUUGGCUGCUGUAAUGUGUUACACUGUGGAGAAUAAAAGCCCAGAGUCAAAAACUUUUACCAAUUUGCCAAGUGCAUACAGAUUCUCCCACACCAGAAACAAAUUCACGGCCAUUGGAUGUAACACGGUUGGCAUCAUUUCUGACCACACUGCCCAGGAAUUCCACAUCGGUUGCAUUUCAUUUUGCCCUUAUCGUAUGAACGUGAUGGAUUCGUCUUGCGAUGGCAUUGGUUGUUGCCAGAGCAAGAUACCAAAGGAUCUUGGUACACUCAAUUUGACACUUGAAAACUAUAUCAAAGAUAACGGCUCAGCCUACACUUGGAAUAUCAGCAGAUGUAACUUUGGCUUUCUGUCUGACGAAGAUUGGUUCUCUUCAAAUGCGUCCUCUCUAUGGAAUUCAAGAAGCAAAGUAGAAGACCUUGUAGACGUUGGGUUCAGAACUCCAGUAGUACUGGAUUGGGCAAUUCGGGAUAAGACUUGCAACGAAGCACAGAGAGAGAAGAAUAAUUAUACCUGCGGGAAGAACGCCUAUUGCUCCAAUUCCAGCAAUGGCCCUGGAUAUCUUUGCCACUGUAAGAAAGGUUACCAAGGGAAUCCUUAUCUCCCCAAUGGAUGCCAAGAUAUUGACGAGUGCGAGGUUCAGAAUCCUUGCCGAGAGAUUCAGAUUUGCGUUAAUACCAUUGGGAGUUUCAAUUGUACUUGCCCACCUGGCACUCAUGGCAUAGAUGAAAAUGAAGAGAUGCAUUGCGUAUCCUCAUCACAUAAAAAAUUUCCGGUUGUGGAAAUAGCUUCCGGAAUUGCAACAGCAAUAGCUCUAGCAGUUUUGAUUCCUAUCGGUUUUCAGGGGCAUUCCCUUAUUCAGAAAAGAAAGCAAACUAAACUAAGGCAGAAGUUCUUCAAGCAAAACGGUGGCCUAUUACUACAGCAGAAAUUUUCAACGCAUGAAGGCAAUCUUGAUAGAACUAAAAUCUUUGUUAUAGAAGAACUAGAAAGGGCAACAGAUAACUUCAGUGAGAGCCGAAUUCUCGGUAAGGGUGGAUUUGGUACAGUUUACAAAGGAAUGCUAUCAGAUGGAAAAAUAGUGGCCGUUAAGAAGUCCAAAAUAGUCGAUGAAAACCAAGUUGAUCAAUUCAUUAAUGAAGUUAUCAUUCUUGCACAGAUCAACCAUAGAAACAUUGUAAGCUUGUUUGGCUGUUGUCUGGAAACUCAAGUUCCCCUCCUGGUUUAUGAAUUUGUUUCAAAUGGAACCCUAUCUCACCAUCUCCAUGAUGAUGGAUAUGUUUCAUCACUUUCUUGGAAAACUCGCCUCAGGAUCGCCAUUCAAGUUGCAGAAGCCCUUGCCUAUUUGCACUUUGCAGCUUCCAUCCCAAUAUUUCAUAGAGACAUCAAACCAAGCAACAUUCUGUUGGAUGAAAACUACAAUGCCAAGGUUGCAGAUUUUGGUAUUUCAAGGUCAAUACCUGUUGACAAAACUCAUCUGACAACUGUUGUGCAGGGGACUUUCGGCUAUUUGGAUCCAGAAUACUUUCAUUCCGGCCAAUUUACAGAUAAGAGUGACGUCUAUAGUUUUGGAGUAAUUCUUGUGGAGCUAUUAACAGGAAAAAGGGUUAUGUCUUCUACUAGACCUGAAGAAGAGAAAAGCAUAGUUAUGCAUUUCAUAUCAUCGACUAAGGGUAAUAACCUUUUUGAUAUAUUAGAGACUCGAGUGGUGAAUGAAGGAGAGAAAGAAAAACUUCUCACAGUUGCUAAGAUUGCAAAACAAUGCCUCAAGUUAAAUGGGAAGAAGAGGCCAACCAUGAAAGAAGUUGCCGCUAGCCUUGAAGGAUUGAGAAGGUUUGAAGAUCAUCCACAAGCCCAAUCUACAUUGCACGAGGAGAGGUGGUUAGCAGAUCAACAUUUAUUCCAAUACAAUAAUAAUGAAACAGAGAAACAUAUCGACUUUGGCAGUAUUAGUUCGAUAACUAGUACUAACCAUGAUGAUUCAUGCCCUUUCUUGCCUUCCACAAGUAUGGAAUCUUGGAGUACGUAGAACGUAUGGUGGUUAAUUUUUACUUAUAUAUUCUGGUACUGUGUAGUUGAUUGGAUGGGUUUUAAACUUAA